AUGGCGGCGCAAGGUGGUCGCGUGUUGGUGUAUGGUGGACGAGGUGCACUGGGUUCUGUGAUUGUGAAAUAUUUCAAAGCUCAAAAUUAUUGGGUAGGCUCCAUUGACCUUCACCCCAAUGAAGAUGCAGAUGCCAAUGUGAUUGUGAAGGUAGCCGAGUCUUGGAUAGCACAGGAAGAUGACGUUGUGAAGAGCAUUGAUGGUGUCCUGGGGGAAAAUAAGGUGGAUGCCAUCUUAUGUGUUGCUGGGGGCUGGGCUGGAGGCAAUGCUGCUUCUAAGGAUCUGGUGAAGAAUGCAGACAUGAUGUGGAAGCAGAGUGUAUGGUCGCCGGUGCUCUCCUCCAGUAUUGCAGCCAAGUACCUGGGAAGGAGGGGAUGAAAUUUUACACUACCUACACCUACACCUACACUCCCUUUAUUUCCCAGGUAUGAUCGGUAUGGUCUGGCCAAGGCUGCCGCCCACCAGCUGGUGAAGAGUCUUGCUGCUAAUGAGAGUGGGAUGCCUGCCAACAGCCUAUCAGCUGCCAUACUGCCUGUGACGCUUGACACGCCCAUGAACCGGAAGUUCAUGCCCAACGCAGAUUUCAGCACCUGGACCCCACUCGAGUUUGUUGCUGAACUGUUCUACAAGUGGACAGCUGGAACAGACCGUCCAGCCAAUGGAAGCUUAGUGAAGCUGAUCACAAAGGACAGCAAGACUGACCUGGUCAUCGUUUGAAGACCCUGCUGGAGGCGCCAUGUGAAGCCCAUGGGGUUUCUGUGUCGGUACUGUGUGUCGUUCAUGGGAAUUCGAUGUGUGUUCCCUGUGAGGAUGAUGUGAAGGUCAUCAGGUUGUUGUGUAGACAAGAAGGGAAGUAGAACCCAUCUGUGUUGUCCUCAUGUUGUGAGUAAGGUGUGCAGGGAUUACAUGUAAAUCAAAUGUCACAAAUUAUUUGUUAUAUGGUCAGGGUUUUAUUUUAUACCAGUUUUUGAUGGCUUAAUCCUUGUACUUGUCAUUGAUUCUUGUAUUUUGCCAAAGAUAUUUUGAUAGUGAUGUAUGAAAUUUUAUGAGGCAUUUCUUUUACAAACAAAUCAUGACAUUCCAUUAGGCAAGAGAUGUGAUCGUCUUUUGAUGAAAAUGUUGAGGACUGGUGAUGUUGACACAAAUCAACCACAUUGAUAUUAGUCAGGCUAAGGGUUUCUGCAUUGAUUUUGUUAUAGGCUUUCUGUUAACAUUUGGUUAUUUUAUGCUUGAUCUUCAAAUGACAACGAUGCAUCGGUACUGUGUUGUGUGUUCCGACUUAACCACAGACAGACUAUUGGCUCUCAGAGUGCAGAUUUAAUACACACAUAACAGAAAGCAGUAACUUACAUGUGCCGUGAGACUUGUCCAUUCAAUCAGACCUGUCUCUUCAGUCAGACUUGCCUAUUCAGUCAGACUUGCCUAUCCAGUCAGACUUGCCUAUCCAGUCAGACUUGUCCAUUCAGUCAUACCUGUCUAAGGCUUAUGAAUAUUAUUUUGGCCUAUUCAGCAGACAAUGAUGUCAUAUGUAUGAAGAUUAAAAUCUGAAUAGCAUUUGUCAAACAGCAUGUUCUUUAUUUGCAUGAUAAUUAAUAAUUGAUGCAGUGCUAUGAAGUAGAAGAGUUGAGUCAUGGAUUGCCUGGUGGUGGUGGUGGCGGCAGUCACUCGUCAUGUUCAAAACACACUUGGGGGACAAUGUGUAAAGCCAGUCUCUACUGUCAACAGAUGGUGCUGGAGAAGUGCUAGCAUGGCGUAACACUCAACUCACUCACUUAUCCUUAUUUAUGUUUGAAAGAUCUUCUAGUCAUGGACAGUCCUGUGGACUUUGAUUUAUGAUGUUGUCAAGCGCUACAAGUGUGCCGGCCAGUGUUGUGGCUGGGGGACGUGAUUGUGUUCAUUCUUCGGCAGCUUCACUCCACUUUUGUUUUCAGUCUUCCUUGUUUGUUGUUUGAAGGUGCUUUGUUUGUUUUGAUUUUGAAUUGAUUUUUAACUGCAUUUAAUGAAAUAAUCAUUUUGACUGCUUGGCAAGGGAUAUAUUGGUGUGAGUAUUGUACGAUUUGCCAUGACAAACUGCUAGAUCCACAAAACCUUUUAUGUUGAUGUCACAAUAGUAGGUAUAUUAUGUACCUUUCCAUAUGUAGCUCUUUAUUAAUGGCUUGAUUUUGCCAAUGAAUGUUGAAGUCUCUAAUCAGAAUAAUUUCCUGUGUUAAGUAGUAAUGCUGAUUGAUAUUGUCACCUAUUGUAAUAGUACUCCAAUAGAAUUACAUAGUAUUAUUCUGUCUGUUUACAAAGUUAGAUCUGCUAAAAACUCUCAAAGGAUAUGUUACUGUUACAUUCUUACACCACUUUUUUGUUGGACAAUUUACACAGAAAAUAAAUAUAUAUGGCAAAUGAGAUCCUGCAUACAUGAAUGGCACAACUUAUCAUUGAUGUGCUAGAACCAGACACUUGUAGCAGGGGAAAUGACAAAGCUACAGUGUCCUAUUUUUGAAUGUUUAAAUCACAAGGGUUUGGGGAUAAGAUGAUCAGCUCGCAUAACACAGUGGAUAUGACAGUAGCGUAUCACUUUGUGGAGGGUCUUCCAGCAGACAGAGGGUGCAAGAAACCCUCAACACACUGUUGCCUGUACUACAAGUGUGCGGUCGUUAUGAUCCAUAGCAAUAAAUUAUCUGUAUUUCAA